AUGGAUCAAAAGCGUUUUAUUUUGUUUUUUCUUCUUUGUCCGGUGGUUUUUGGCAAAGACUGUGUUACAUACAGUUUCGAAGAAAAUUUUGAGAGUUUGUUUGCUAAAGAAAAAGGAAUAUGCAAUGCAAUGGAGAUGUGGGAUAUUGGAAACUACUCUUCAAUCCCGAUUGAUAGUCCACAUCCCCUCAGCACAACGUUCAUUUCACCGAACACCCUUCUGAGCUGUGUUUCAUCUUUCACAUUUCUAAUGUCUGCUGGUGGAGUUUUUGAAGUGAAUUUAUUUAUGGAUCCAGCAUCACAGACCGAUCAAAUAUCGCUUGUUGUCAAUGAAGUGGUAUCAGGUGGUGCAGACGCGUCCGUUGGUAACACUGCCAUUACUCCAAUGAAUCCCACUUUUGAAAUCGGAUGGCAUGCAUUGCGAAUAACUUUAAGUGGAUCUGGAACAUAUGAAGGAUAUGUAUCUCUAGUUGGUAUGGCAUCGAGUGACUCCAUAGUUCUUAUUGAUUCUUUCCGUUAUAUUCCACCACAAUACAAUGAAGAGUCUUGCAAAAUAUACCAGGAAGUUGUUGAUAAUACUACAACUACACCAAGUUCUAAUACUGCUGAUAGUGCAACUUCUACACCUACUAUUACCACAGUUAGCGAAUCUUUUACCUUAACAGAAUCUACAAAUUUUACUAUCACAAUCCAGUCAAGUCCGACCGACUCCGAAGCUACUACAUUAGAACAGACGGAUUAUACCACUACAACACAAGUUAAUGAUAUUGUUACAAUAACGCCUACAGAAACAACUACAAACGUUUAUUUAACAACUGAAAAACAUGACAUACCUGCAACUGAUCAUAUAACUACUACAGAACAAACUACGACUCAAAUAUAUACUAUGACUGAUGAAAACUUUUCUAGUACUGUUGAUAUAGGUACAACAAUACAGUCUGAAAUAACCGAUCCGAUUAUUACUACUAUUACAGAUCAAAUCCAAACCGUGCCCGAAACCACAUCAAGUGAAUUAGACAUAACAACUACGAUACAAACAGAAGUAAGUAGUUCAGAAUCAGAUGUAAAUGAUACGACUUUGUCAACAUUUACUGAUAAUACAAGUACUCCAUCGAUAUCAAAUACUGAUGUCACAACAGCUGAACAAGCAACAACGCAAUCAACUCAAACUGAGAUGACGAAUUUAACCCAAACACCGGAAACAGACUACGAAACCUCACCACCGUGGAGUACUACGCGUGAAGAAGCUACGACAUAUUUUAGUACUACAACAGAAGAUUCAGUAGACGAAGACUCAUACACCACUUUAGACAAAGAGAAAGAGCAAACCAGUACUACAAAAAAUCCCGAAGAAAUAAUUAAAACUACGAUUUUCCCAACAACAGAUCCAAUAACUGAAAAACCUAAUACUGACUUCAGCAUUUGGACACCGUUAGUAGUCACUAUGGUUGUUCUUUUAUCUCUUAUUUUAUUAAUACUAACAGCUUCAUUAUUUUAUUAUAUUGGCAAACGAAAAGCACUUAGCCAAGCACCGGUAGAUGUUUUUACAGAUUAUGAAGAUUUGCCAAAGCCUAUCACUGUUCCCAGAGUAACAAAAAUUCUUGCGGAACCUUAUAACUUUAAGAAAACUCUGCCGGUCUAA